AUGGCAGUGAAUAUCGGACUGCCAUCCGACGGUGAAGCCAAUCAUGGCUGGAAGCUAUACAUAACCUCCUUGAUCAUGGUCCUAUGCGCUGGACUCCUGGUUACUGUGAGAGUAUGGACUCGAUUUAAGGCUGUUCGACUUGGCGCUGACGACUAUACCAUCGUCGCAUCUCUCUGCUUCUCCAUCUUUCUAUCCAUCUCCAUCCAACUCGCAAUUGUCAAUGGGUAUGGCAAGCGCAAACAGGAUCUCACGAUAGAGGAACUGCGCACCUGUCUCAAGUAUUUCUGGGUUGCGCAAACGCCAUACAAGAUCGUCGUAUGCCUGAACAAGACCUCUGUCCUUUUACUCUACAAGCGUAUUUUCAUCACACGCCAUUUCCAGUGGCUCUGCAUUUCAGCCCUGGUGAUCAUCAUUGGUUCGGGCGUCGCUAGCACGCUCGCCGCCAUUCUACAAUGCAUACCCAUACAGCGGUCAUGGGAUAAGUCAAUCGAAGGUACCUGCAUCGACAACUCGAAAUUCUGGCUCGCCAACGCGGUCCUGAAUAUCUCGACGGAUGUGCUCGUGCUGGCGCUCCCGGUUCGAGAAAUUUACAAAUUACAUCUCAAGGCGCAGGAGAAAGUCAUGGUGUACUGUCUAUUCUUGCUGGGUGGCAUUGUUACUGCGACAUCUGUUCUCCGCGUUACAGCAGUCGCCAACAGUGUCCGCAACCAACAGGACAUAACCUUCAACUUCAUCCCACGCGGAAUCUGGACCUUGAUCGAAGCGAAUCUGGGCAUAAUCUGCGCAUGUCUAACCGUACUAAGGCGACCGGCACAACGUCUGAUUAUGCUCAUGACCCACGCAUCCAAGCCGACUUCCUCCUACGACGGGAACAGAAACAGCAAGGCAGCACAAUAUGCCAGUGAGCAAGCCAAAGACCGAGAUGUUCCCCUGUCGAGAGUCCAGCACAGCAUCGCUAGCAAUGAGAGCGUCGACGACGAAGAUAGAAGCACUUGGGUGGGUGACGGAGCGAGAGCGCAGCCAGAGUAG